ACGCGGAGAAUUACUAAAGAAACGAAGAGAUAAACGUCUUACACCCCACUCCGUCAGACAUAUGUUUUAAAUGAACCCUCACCUGAGUGAUAUUACAUAAAAUUGUUUACAAAGGUAGAAACGUGUGAAUAUUCAUUUUAAAUAGUGUACCAGCUACACAAAAUAACGGAAGUUAGCACUAACAAAUACUAUCAUGUGUAAACAUGGGCAAAGUUUGGAAGAACAUAUAUUAAGUAAGGUGCAUGGCCUGUAUUCUACGGCUGCAUAACUAUUUGGAAUUUAGGACUUAAAGAAAAAGCAACUACAUAAAGAACGGUAUAAUUAAAACACGCAGUUAAUACAGUUCGUUUAGUCAGUAUAGGUCGGUAUAGCUAACACGAUGAAGCUAUCAUUGUUUCUACAAAAUAUGAGAAUUCAUUAAUGAGUGUAAAUCCUAUCACAUAUUCGAUUAUUUUAAGCAUAAGUUUACAAACACAAAAUGUUGGAAAUAUAGAUACAAGUGUAAACGUGGAGCCAAUAUACUUCAUCAUGACGGAGUGAUUAGCAGCGGAUGGUUGAGUGAGAACAUAAUUACUGAAAUACGUAAGACAUUUUAUUGCUAUUUUUACAAAUUUUUAAAGAAUAGUGUACUAGCGUUUUUAAAAAUCAAACAAUUUUAAUUUUUUAAGUCGACGGCCUAUACACACUUUUAACAUUAUCAAUGGCAAAUAUGUGGAAUAAAACCACCGCAAGUAAAAUUCUUGCACCGAUUUUCCCAUACGAAGACGACGGAAAUUCAACAGCAUUAGGAAAUGUAUCACGGAAGCAUUUUUCCCUUGUGGAAACAGCAAUUUUCGGAACAUGGAUAUCCAUUUCAAUGGUGUUUGCUAUUUUUGGCAAUCUGAUGGUCAUAGCAGUUGUUAUACGACACAGAGGCAUGCGGACUAGAACUAAUAUGUUUUUAGUGAAUUUAGCAAUUGCAGAUUUUUUAGUUGGAGUUUUAUUAGCACCAUUUUCUUUGACAACAUUAAUUGCGAAGGAUUGGAUUUUUGGUGAUAUUUUAUGCUUUAUAAACAGUUUUUGCAACGCAGCAUUUCUUAUAACAUCCAUACAGACUUUAAUGUAUAUAAGUAUACACAAGUAUUUAUCUAUCACUCGCCCGCUUACUCAAAUAACAAAAUGUAAAAUCUUAAUUAUGAUUGGUGCUGCAUGGGGAUGGGCUAUUGUAUGUGCAUCACUCACAACAUUCAUUCUGAGUACAUCAAAAUAUAAAGAAGGAACGAUGCAAUGUGGACCUAAAUACCCGACAUAUUCUACAAAAUCGCUUACUUUCCAUUUCAUUAUUCAAGCCUCUAACAUAUUUCUUCCGCUUUUUCUGAUGAUUGGGUGUUAUGUCCGCAUGUUUGCUGAGAUAAAGCAGCACAUGCAGAGGUUAGAUGAGAAUACAGCACUAGACCGUAAUAUGAUUUUUAGUCAACAGAGGAGAGUAACCAUCACAUUAUUAAUUGUCCUAUCUUGCUUUGUAUUAUGUUGGAUACCGUACUGUGUUUACUCUAACUACGCAGCAUUUGUACGAGACAAGUCAACAAUACCAAGAUAUGCUAAUGCUAUUGCGUACUGUUUUGGUUAUAUGAAUUCCGCCUGUAAUCCUAUUAUAUAUGCUUGGCGUAGUCCGUCCUUUCGAGAGGGUUACAAGGAGAUCUUAUGCCAGGAACCAUCCUAUGUCGUGUCUGACGAUGACCCACAAGAGAAAUUACCUAAAAUGCUUGUGUAUCGUGUCUUUUGGGAUAAUACACUUCAUGACAGCUCCCCGGGGCCCCUCAGAAGAUUGUCUACGAUGAUCCAUGCCUCAUUCCGGGGGUCGCGUCAUGGUUCCAGACGAAACUCAGACGAGUCUAUUCAUUCGUUACGGUUAGGCAGAAAUAGUGUAGCAUCACCAACAACUCUUUCUUCUCAUAAAUUAAUUCGUCAACUUACUUCAAAAACAGCAAAAGGUAGUUCUCUCAUUAGAAGAGACGGUUCUAUCAUCAUGAUUAAAAAUGGAAAAAUUAUAUCAAUGAGACGAGAUCCCUCUUUUUCUAGAAUGUCAGACGAUGUAUUUCUUCCUUCGCCUUCUGAAACGACUCUUCAUUCAAUGGAAAUGUCGCAUUCCAAUCAUUCUGCUCUGAACAAAGUUAAAGAGGAGAGCUUUGAAACUGAACCUCUAUUAAACGACGACAAAUCUAGUCAACAAAUUACUACUGGGAAUGGACAUGUCAGUCAUAUUGAAACAUCACCUGACAAAAAUCAUAACUUGAAAAACAAUUCGAGUAUUCCAGAAUGUAACAAAGCUAAUUCUCCACGGAAGCGACUGACAAGAAUGGCGCGAGUGACAUCUAAUUCAGACGAUAACAUUACUGUAGACACAUCAGAUUGUGGGAUUCAAAUUUCUAUUUUUGAUCAUGAUUCCAGUCCGGAAAAUACAAAUGGCUUCACAUUUCCUUCUAGUCAUCAAGACUAUAUAAAUAAAAUCCAUGACAGAAUAUAUACAAAUAACAUGAAAAGGGCAAGCAGUGAAACAAAUAUGAAACUUCACAAUGCAGCAGCGAUGUCAACUUUUAACACUACGUCUAAAAGCUCAAAUAUUAUAUAUAAUGUUCCAUAUUUAGAAUCAUCUCUUAGAAGCUCUAGUGACCUUAACGAACAAUCAAGUUCUAGUGACCCAAAUGUGACAAAACAGGCUAUACCUCAGUAUCGUCAUAGGUAUACUGUAAGUAAAGAGAAUAUCAGAUGUAGUCCAAAGAAAUAACGACAGGAUUUUAUAGUAUUAUAUGUGAAUUUUUAUUAUUAAAUGGCAUAAAAUGUA